AUGGCCGUAUCACAGCAAUCCAUAGAAAUCGAUCUCGAUGACGAGAUCGAAGACUUGGUCGAUCUAUGUGGUCAGCUCAAACGGUUGGGUGUAAACCUAAAAAAGUUGGGACGAGCGAAGUACUCAGAGCGUUUGCUUGAGGAAAAACACGAGCACGCUAAAGAAACUUGGCGUGAGAUACGCACUAAGUACGCUAGCGUGCGUAAACAAAUACCUGCAGCGGAAAGACCGUCUCACGAUCUUUUCAAGCUAAAUUAUAUGAGGCAUGCCGAGGACGAUUUCCAAGAUUUUCAGGAUUUCGUCCUUACUGAACUAGGCCGACUGAGUGCUGAGUCGAAACCAGCAAUGUCGGAAGUUCAGUGUAGUAUACCGAUCGAGCUCCCGAAGCAACGAUUACCCAAAUUCGGAGGGGAUCCUCAAGAAUGGGAACAUUUCGAGGAUCUGUUCACCUCCGGGGUCGUACGAAAUGCAGGACUGUCAGAUGUGCAAAGAUUGCAUUAUCUGAACGCCUGCCUAGAGGGACCCGCUCUAGCGUCCAUUGCUUCAAUCGAGAUCGUCGGUCGUAAUUUCUCAGUGGCGUGGACAAGGUUGAAGAACACCUUCGGCCUCCCACGCAUAGUCACGGGAAAACUGCUGGAUAAGCUCCUGUUCCUAAAACCCAUUGACACCGGUGAUCUGGCCAGCAUGCAGCAGAUCACCGUGGGUUGCACGCAGGCACUCGCUGCCCUUGACAAAAAGGGCACGCCCGAACAGCAGCGGGACUGGCUACUCGCGCAUUGGGCGAAACAGAAGUUUUCGCCGGCGCUCGAGUUAGAGUGGCAAAAAACGCUAAAUCUCUCGACAGAAUAUCCUACGUUUGAGGACGUACGAAAAUUCAUCGAGAUGCACUCACGCGCACUGCUCUCCAUGGACGAGAAGCGCCGCGCGGUUGCACUUGCGUCUGUCACGAAACCAAGCGCACGUAGUCAUAGCGCGACUCGGGAAUCGAGAUCGGCCUCGAGACACGUGCGCAGCCAUAAUGUUGUCGUGGACAACGUCCGGGCGGAAAAGCCACGGGAAAUGUGUCACGACAACAGGCACAGUGGGGCGACGUCUAUGAAAUUAUGCGGAUUCUGUAACGGGCCGCACAAAUUGACGCAAUGCCAGAACUUCGUGCGAUUGACUGCUAAAAUGCGCAGUCAUUACGUAAGAAAUCAUGGGUGGUGCGUACAGUGUCUGGGCACCACCCAUAUAGGCACGAAGUGCAGAAGCCCCACGGCAUGCACGAAGUGCAGCGGAAGGCACCAUCCCCUGCUGCACUUCGAAAUAUUCCGGGAAUCGCAAUCUCAGCCGUUACCGGUAAACGAGUACGGCGAGAGAGAGGAAACGAGCUCACGAGCCCCUCCCCGGCGGCCUGCGAAAUCCAGGCCACACACCAAAACCUCGUCGAGCACAAACACAACCAAAGCCACGACGUCGCACUGUACGACGUUCGGUACAGGUGUACCGAGGCCCGUGUUGUUGGCUACGGCUCGAGUGCGAGUGUAUGGGAAAUACGGUGCGACGCGCAUCGCGCGCGCACUGCUAGAUCAAGGUUCGGAAACUUCGUUUAUUUCCGCAAGUUUGGUGAAUGACCUCCAACUUGUACGAAGGAAAACCCCAGCCACGGUAACGGGCUUGGGAGGAGACCGAACGACAACGAUCAAAUACAGUGUCGGGAUGUGUCUCAGCGCGAAAAAAGGUAGAACACCGACCUGUACGGUCGACGCGUACGUCGUGCCCAGAAUCACGACCUACGCACCCACGUCCUUGAAACCGCUCGGCUACGAAGCGUUCCGGGACCUACCUCUCGCCGACCCCGACCACAACGCUGAUCAAAAUAUUGAAAUUUUGAUCGGCGCGGACUUAUAUGCACAGAUUAUGCGACCGGGAUUCCGUCGCAUAACAGCGGAAGGUCCGAUAGCCCAAGAAACUGCAUUCGGCUGGGUUAUUUCCGGACCGAUACCUGCAGUGGGCAAAACCCAGAAUCCAGUACGGACGCUACACUGCACCGUACUCGAAUCGCUGGAUAACGCCAUUCGAAAAUUCUGGGAAACGGAGGAAAUUCCCGCAACCUCGGUGCGUACAAAGUCCGAGGAAGAUUGCGAGGCAUUUUUCCGAAAAACCGUCGUCCGUGACGAAACUGGGAGGUUUCUAGUUCGACUCCCUUUCAAUUGCCCGAGACCGGAGGAGGCGUUAGGAAAUUCAUUCCAUAUCGCGCUCUCGGCACUCACAAGGCUACGAAAGAAAUUAGACACGAACCCGGUUCUCGGUAAAGAAUACUCGGAGUUUCUAACCGAGUAUGAGUGGCAAGGUCAUAUGACUCGUAUCGAGCCUAUUGACCGAUCCAGACUCUAUAUACCACACCGAGCGGUCAUACGUACGGACAGUACGACCACAAAACUACGGGUCGUAUUUAAUGCAACCAGUAGGACGACUGGAGGUCGCUCCCUAAACGACAUCCUACACGUAGGUCCGAAAUUACAAAACGACAUCACCUCGGUAUUGACGAGGUGGCGUUUGUAUGAAUACGUGUUGGUGGCCGACAUCGAGAAAAUGUUUAGACAAAUUCUCGUCGCCCCACAGGAUCGUCGAUUCCAAUGCAUCGUAUGGUGCGCUCCAGAAACCGAACAGCUGAAAGCGUUCGAGUUAAAUACCGUGACAUACGGAACGGCGUGCGCCCCGUACUUGUCGAUGCGUACCCUUCUCGAAUUAAAAGAGCAGGAUGGGAAAAAAUUCCCCUUAGCCGCUCCGAUUCUCGAGAAGGACAUUUACGUCGACGAUGUAUUUAUGGGAGCACCAGAUAAACCCUUGCUGGAGAAAAUUCGCAAGCAAGUAUGCGAGCUUCUGCAAGGGGGUGGGUUUCAGCUGAGAAAGUGGGCAGGAAAUUCGCCGCAGCUACUGCAAAAUAUCCCCCACAGCGCUCACUCCCACGCCGUAGACCUCACCUUGUUCGAGGAUUCCGAACUAAAAGUGCUCGGUCUACGAUGGAUCCCGUCUGGAGAUUAUUUUUAUUUCAAUCUCCAACGGUUUCAACCAUCAGCAACGCCGAUGACAAAAAGGAAUUUGUUCUCGGAAAUUGCCAAGCUGUUCGAUCCGCUCGGCUGGUUAUCACCAGUCGUAAUUCGCGCGAAGGUUUUGAUGCAGUCCCAAUGGCUGGAGAAAAUCCAGUGGGACGACCAAAUCUCAGCGAAUACGCAACGAACGUGGAAUGCGUUUUGCGCGGAUUGGAGCAGCUUAAAGAAAUUAAAAAUUCCCCGAUGGAUACGUUACGGAGCAGAUACUGUGUCCGUGGAGUUGCACGGAUUCUGCGACGCUUCACUCGCAGCCUAUUCCGCCGUCACGUACUUGCGCGUGACGACGACAAACAAUGACGUUUUUACGACAUUAAUGAUGGCAAAAACGCGGGUGGCUCCGAUUAAAACGCAGUCCAUCCCCGUUCUGGAAUUGAACGGGGCUGUGCUCCUCUCCGAGCUCGUCGUGCACGUAAAACGGUCACUGUCCUUGAAGGUAGACCGUAUUAUCUGUUGGACAGAUUCUACGAUUGCACUCGCUUGGUUGAGAAAGCAUGCGUCUACAUGGAAGGUUGUGGUUGCCAACCGGGUGUCAAAAAUCCAGACUAUGCUUCCGAACGCUGAAUGGUAUCAUGUUCCCACCCGCUCAAAUCCCGCAGAUUUAAAUUCGCGUGGAGUAGAAGCGGCGGAACUUCUUCAGUCGGAACUUUGGAUUUCCGGGCCGUCGUGGCUUCGACAGGCGGAAGAAAGUUGGCCAAAAAUGCCCGCUUCACUCGAGACCGAGGAGGGUAAACGCGUUUCGCAUACCCUUGUAGCAACUCCGGAGAAAGAAUGGGAGUUUGUCUUCCGAUUCUCCAAAUGGAAUAAGCUACUACGCGUCACCGCCUACUGCCUUCGGUUACGAAGGGCACGGGACGGAAAGCGUCGGUCAUACGACGCCAAGGUUGUCGAAGCAUCGGAAAUGCGGCGUGCAACGGAAAGAAUUGCACGCUAUUUACAACGCACGCACUUUGCAGACGAAUACCAAUGCUUGAAAAAGCACCGUAUUAUCCCUGCAAAGUCUCCAUUAAAAAGCCUAAACCCCUUUCUCGACGACAGAGAUGUCUUAAGGGUGGGUGGAAGGUUGGAGAAUGCUGCAUUAACAUGGGAAACCAAACACCCGAUAAUUCUGCCAAAGCACCAUGUUUCGAACAUGAUAAUAAGGCAAUGCCACGUGGACACGUUGCACGGGGGUUUGCAACUGACCAUGUACACGGUGAGACAGAAAUUCUGGAUCAUCGGAGGUCGUAACGCAGCGCGUACGGUUAUCCAAAAAUGCAUGCGAUGCGUGAGAUGGAAUGCAACCACCUCCACGCAGUUAAUGCAGGAUUUAAUACCGGAACGCAGCCGAGCAGCUCGACCUUUCUCGAACUGCGGAGUGGACUAUGCGGGACCAUACCGAGUCCGAGACUCCGCAGGGCGUGGGAAAACGGCUCAUAAAGCUUACAUAGCAGUGUUUAUCUGUUUCGCUACAAAAGCCGUCCACGUCGAACUCGUUCACGAUUAUACCACGAGUGCAUUCCUGGCCGCCCUUGACCGAUUCAUCGCCCGUCGAGGAGUUCCGUCCUGCAUGUUCAGUGACAACGGAACAAACUUCGUCGGAGCGGAUAGAGAAUUGAGAGAGCAUUUUAAUAUCGUGUAUAAUACACACGAAAUGCGGAGUACGUGCAGCCAGAAGGGUAUUAAGUGGAAAUUCAAUCCACCCAGUGCACCACAUUUUAGCGGUAUGCAAGAAGCCGGCGUGAAAUCGGUGAAACAUCACCUAAAACGCAUAAUCGGCGACUUCACUCCCACGAGCGAGGAAAUGCAGACCUUGCUCUGCAAAAUCGAAGCGAGUUUAAACUCAAGACCGAUCGCCGCAUUGAGUGAUUGUCCCGAGGACUAUGCACCUCUCACGCCGGGCCAUUUUUUAAUCGGAUGUCCGAUAAACGCACUUCCGGUUGAGUCAGUGGAAAAUGAAAAUCUCUCGCGGCUCACGCGAUGGAGAGCGAUUCAGAAAUUCCACGAGCAACUCUGGAGACAUUGGACGCGUGAUUAUCUCAUGCACCUCCAAAACCGCUAUAAGUGGCGUAACGCUCAAUUGCAGUUAAAACCAAACGAUUUGGUUUUAGUGCAGAACCCUCUUCUACCCCCCAAUCAAUGGGAAAUCGGGAGAAUCGAGGAAAUAUUCCCGGGUAAGGACAGGCUCGUGCGGGUUGUAAAAGUACGCACAGCCACUUCCACCUACACACGACCGAUCACACGUCUGUGUAAAUUGCCCGUGGAAGAGUCGACACAGACAAAGACGACGCUAUCGGGACAGAAGAAAUCCCGAAUCACAGGUUAG